AUGAUUUCUGAUUUUGUUUUCUUUGUCUUUGUUACAGCUAUUGCGACAGUGGUAACUGUUGCUGAAAUUUUGAAAAGCAACGGUCUUGCUGUUGAAAAGAAAAUCAUGACAUCAACCGUCGACAUAAAGGAUGAUUCUAGAGGUAGACCAGUCCAAAAGGCCAAGAUUGAAAUAGUACUUGGGAAGACAGCAAAUUUCGAUGAGCUGAUGGCAGUUGCAGCUGCUGAAGAUGGUGAAAAUGGAGAUGUUGAAGAACAGACCGCAUGAAAUUAAAGUAAAAAAACUACAUCUGAAUCGUUUGAAGAUAUGUAAUCUUUAAUGAUUUGCAU